UGGGGGGACGCGCUGGGGGGACUAGGCGGUCCUUGGGUAACUGGCCCAAGGACAGUUACCAUUACGUCUGGCUGCCACCUGUCAUUCUUAACAUCUGGAGCUUUCCGCGAUAUUUAUUCCGCGCGGCCCGUUGUUUGCAGGAAGGUGGCGAGCAAAGGGCUGAUUUUAUCUCGAAUUCUCUCAUAGGAUAAAACGUAAGUUAAUGAGUCAGGGCAAAGACAGGAACUAGAAAAAUCGUAGACUGUCAGGGCUGGAAAGGAUAUUGAAUAGCGAAUGUUCCAGACCCUGCCUUUCACGUUUGCGAAAUAAACUGAGGCUCAGAGAAGUGAAGAAGGUUGACCUCGCGAAAAUUAGGUGGCACGAGAUUUUAGACGCUUCCCACGGAACCAGAUUGAGAUACUUUACGGAUACCCGGGUUUCUGAGAUUUAGAUAAGAAUCGCUGAAGUCAGAGGAGUGGGUUCUUUGGAGAAAAAGCAAAAAUUUAAGCGGCGGUUCUUAAGUUAUUUGGCCUCAGCACCCCUUUCUUUACACUCUAAAAAUGGUUGAGGACUGCGAAGAGAUUUGGUUUUUGUGGGGUUUAGCUAUCAAUUUUUAGCUUAUUAGAAAAUACAACCGAGAAUCUUAAAAGUGCUUGUUCACUUAAAAAUAACACUAAUAAACUCAUUACAUGUUAACAUAAUUAACGUUUUUAUGGGAAACAACCAUAUUUUCCCAAACAAAUUGAGAGAGAAGUGUAGCAAUAUUUUACGUUUUUGCAAAUCUCUUUAAUGUCUGGCUUAAUAGAAGACAGUUUGGCUCUCAUAGCUGCUUCUGCAAUCUGUUUUUAUAUCACACGUCCUGCAGCCUCUGGAAAACUUUACUGUACACUGGUGAGAGAAUAGAAUGGGAAAGUUGCAAAUUACAUCUUACUGUUAUUAUGAAAAUAAGUUUAGUUUCCCGGGCCCCUUCUGAAGGUGUCUCAGGAGCCCCUCAGAAGUCCUUAGACCACACUUUGAGAACCACCGUUAUUAAAUCAGGCGCUGUUAGUGGUUGAAAUUUUGAACUAUUUUAAGACGCACUUACCCAGAACAGGCUCCACCCCCUCAAAAAAAAGAAAGCAAAAGAAGGAAAGCUUAAGAACUUCUUAAGGUUAGUUUGUGGGUGUAAUAGCACUUUAGGCUCCAACUUUUUAAAAGCAGGGGGUUUAUACUGGGAGAAGAUGCCUGGGAAGUGUCAUAUUCCUUAGACCUGUGGGCCUUCUACACAACUGGAUUGUGGGCUUAGGGGUAUAAAUGUGGGGAGGGAAUUUCCUCUGUGAUUAUGUGUGGAAAAUGGCACAUACCUCUUACUACCUUGUAUUGUGCUUGAUUUCCUUUCUUCUUUUUGCUUUUCUCCCUUGAUCCAAGAGAGACUGUGAAAGUUUUGAUUUGCUUCCAUCUUGGGUGAAGAGUAGAAGAAGGAUAAUUAGCUCAGAAUAGUUGUUUUUUUUUAAACAUAGGUGACCCUCUGUUGUUCUAAUUAAGUUUCAUUUGUACUAAACUGUUAUUCUCAUCUUUAAAGUAUUUUUCAGGAUCCUGUUGAGCUUCCAGUUUCUCAGUUUACACUUUUAAAUCUUGGGAAAGCUUAAGAAAAAAACGGGUGGCAAAUGUGUAUUACAUACAGUACCAUAGGUUUCCUACAACUAGAAAUUUUGUUCCACCAGGGGGAGCUGACAGUAAGGAGUUGGAAACACUGUAUUGUUGCAGUAUGAGGCACAGUAGUGGUAUAUAAGAUGGGUGUAAAUUCCAAUGUGUAUUUCAACUUACUUAUAAAAUUAGACGUUUAUAAGCUAGUUGUCUCACCCAAGCCAAGAAAUAAAUAUGCUGGAAAAGGUGUAUGAAAGCUUCAAAGAAGGGUACUUUAGAAUUCUUAUUCCAGCAUCAUAAAUUAAAUUAUAAAGACGCUUUUUUUUAAUGCUUGAAAAUAUUUAAGUAAAAGAAGUAUUAUGUUGAAAUAUAUUUAAUCUGUAAAAAAAAAAAAAUGGGAAAAUGAAGUCACAUGUUUUCUUCCUUGAUGUCUGCAUAUUUAAUUCAUAGCUGUUAAUGUGAGAAUUGUUUUUUUAAAAAAGUUCUUGUUCCUGGGCUUCCAUGGUGGUGCAGUGGUUAAGAAUCUGCCUGCCAGUGCAGGGGACACGAGUUCGAGCCCUGGUCUGGGAAGAUCCCACAUGCCGCGGAGCAACUAAGCCCAUGUGCCACAACUACUGAGCCUGCGCUCUAGAGCCCGCGAGCCACAACUACUGAGUCCGCAUGCCUAGAGCCCGUGCUCCGCAACAAGAGGAGCCACCACAAUGAGAAGCCCGCCACCACAACGAAGAGUAGCCCUCGCUUGCCGCAACUAGAGAAAGCCAGUGUGCAGCAACAAAGACCCAACGCAGCCAAAAAUAAAUUAAUUAAUUAAAAACAAAAAAGUUCUUGCUCCUGAGCUUUAAAAAAUAUAGUAUCUAGUAUUUUGAGAGUCCUUUCUGAUUAUCAACUCUACCACUUUUUUUUAAAUGAAAUCUAACUUGGCAAUUUAGUUACCCCAAUAUCUUCAUCUAAAAUAAUGAGAUAGCCUGUUAUUUGAAGCAUCCUGCAUCUUUUGGGUUUUAAUGGAAACUAUGAAUGGUUUGGGAAUUGAUUUUAAUUCUAACACACAUCCCCCUGUUUUUAAGGGUUCGAGGAAUUUUUCUGUAUGCAGUUCUAGGAGCAGUACAGCCAAAAAUGGUGGCCGCCUUCUCAGCACCAAUAUGAAGUGGGUACAGUUUUCAAACCUACACGUUGAUGUUCCCAAGGAUUUGACCAAGCCUACGAUAACCGUUUCUGAUGAACCAGACACGUUAUAUAAGCGCCUAUCAGUUUUAGUAAAAGGCCAUGAUAAGGCUGUAUUGGACAGUUAUGAGUAUUUUGCGGCGCUUGCUGCUAAAGAACUUGGUAUCUCUGUUAAAGUACAUGAACCUCCAAGGAAAAUAGAGCGAUUUACUCUUCUCAAAUCAGUGCAUAUUUUCAAGAAGCACAGGGUUCAGUAUGAAAUGAGAACACUUUACAGAUGUUUAGAGUUAGAACAUCUCACUGGGAGUACAGCAGAUGUCUACUUGGAAUAUAUUCAGCGAAACUUACCUGAAGGAGUUGCCAUGGAAGUUACAAAGACAAAAUUAGAACAGUUACCAGAACACAUCAAGAAGCCAAUCUGGGAAACAAUACCAGAGGAGGAAGAAGAAAGCAAGUCAUAAAGUCUCAAAGUGACCACUUGUGCUGGGAUGUGAAGUGAGCAUGUCAAGUGGAGGGAGUCUCCAGUGAAGACAGUUUCAAGUCACCCUGACUGCUCUCUUGAGGCAGCACGGCCUGAUCAGUAGAAAGCAGGGAUUGGAAGUUUACGAUACACCAGACUAUUGUGCAGGAACCACUUUAUGUAUUCUUUUAUACAUGUCAUUGUUUCAGUUCGGAUUUUAACAAAUGUGAGCAAACCGUUUGGACCACUCGUACCAAAACGGUCAGAUUCAUGUUUUGUUAUUCCACUGUUGUUCAAGUAUUAGUUUGCACUGAUCGUGAUUUGUAUCAUUUCAUUCAUCUAAAAGUGUUUCAAAUAUUCCUCACACGCAUUUCUUUCUUUUGAGGAACCUAGAAGGAAACUUUGGUUAAUUUAACACUGAGCAGAUAAAGUUUUUGAUAUUUACCUCAGUGCAGGCUGACAUAUGCUAGUUUGGGGGUGGUGACCUCCAGGUUUUACCUCAUGUAAAGCAUUACAUUCUUGAAAAUUGAUAUACUUUAUAGCAGAUCAAGCACAUUUGUGGCAUGUGCCGAAUUCUUCUGUAGCCCGAACCCUUUCAGGGCCACCUAGAAGGGUCACUAUAAUGGAAUUUCAGCUCUCAAGAAAUUACUGUAUCGUUUCAUUCAUCCUGUAAUUCAUUUAUUCAAUAAGCUUUUCUUUUGUUGACUUUGAACCCAGCACUAUAGUAAAUACCAAAAAUUGAAUAGCAAUAACAGCUUUCAAAAAUUGUGCAAGGCACAAAUAAAUACUUUUCCCUUAUUAAGUUCCAUGCUGAUAAGACCUCUUUCUUUUGGUGAAUAGCACUCUUUUUGUUUGGGGAUGUCUACUUUUCCAUAAAAUUAAAUAGUAGUUAAAAAGCUCUGAAAGAGGCAAGAUGACAGUGGGCUGAGGUUGUUGGUGUAUCAACCCCAAGGGAGUGAUACGUUUCCUUUUUACAGCAGAAUCCGCCCAUGUCUUUUGUGGUUUCCUUCAUAUCUUUGGGGUAGUUAUGACUUCUCAGUUUUCCACCCUUAAACUAGAGUCCCUGUUCUCUUUUCCCGACCUGCUAUCAGGUAUGAGUGUUCUGAAUGCACACUGCUCAUGUAUCAGACUUACAUUACUGUCAUUAACGUGAAAAGAAUUACAGCCUUGUGCCCCAUGACCUCAUUCUGUUUGCAGCUCAGUUGUCUAGUGUGUCAUUCACAAAUGCCUAAAGCCUGUUUAUCCCAGGUAUAAGCCUCAGGAUUAAGAACUAGUCAAUAAAUCAAGAGCAGUAUAAAAUUAACUGUAUCUAGCAAAGCAGCCAUUGUGACUCGUUUUCAUUUUGAAAGAAAUAAUUCUUUAAAAAUGUAGACCCACAUCUGAUCCUUUUUUUGUGCUUUUUUUACAGUGUCAAUCACUUUAUUAUAAUAGGAUGACUUCUGCAUACUCGCCUCCAGUGGCUCUGUUUUAAAGGUGUACAUCCACUUCCAGCUGUUUUCAGACUAAAGUAGCCUCUAAACCAGAUUACUUAGCACUUCAAAUUAUAUAUUAAAAUCUUGUUUUAAGAUAAAUACAGAGAUAAACUACACACACAACAAAAAUUAAUGGUAUUACCUUGACAUAAGUACUUGGCAUAUUUGAAGCCUACUUGAUAUAAACUAGGUAAUUUCUUUAUUCUGAUAGACUGAGAAGGGUCUUUUUGUUUUUUAAUUGGGUCUCCUGAGUAAAAUGUAUGUUCUGAAUAUUAGAAUUAAUGCCCAAGUCUCAACUUUCUGUUCAUGGUGGUGACGGGAGGUAGUGAGAAAAGUAGACCUGAUGUCAGGAUGGCAGAAGGCAGGUAGGAAGUGAGACGGUUUUUUAUUGAGGUGAAGCCCUGAGUUCAUUGUUAUUUUCUCUGAUCUGAAGUAUAGUUUCUUUUCAUAUUAAAUAAAAUAGUGUAAAGGUCUGUUUUAAAUUUUUGGUAGACUCUACAGAUUAAACUUGUUCAGUGCCUAGUUUUGAUGCUUUCAAAGAGAAUUAUAUGUCCUUUGGCCACUUAGAUAUGCCACAGUAAAUACAUAAAGCAAUUAUUUUAAAUCAGUCUAUUUUUGUAACAUUUCUGUUUGUCAGCUACCCUUCCUCCUUUCUUACACUAUUAAAUUAGCUUUACUGCAACAUUCAUGAAUAGAGAAAACAGGCCUGAGUCAGAUAAGAGUUCAAACCCACUAACUGCUAUAAACAGGCAAGGUAAGGUGUUUAACUCUCUCAGAGCCUCAGUUUACUCAUUAGUAAAAUGUAGGAAAUAAAACUUAUGAAGAAAAAAAAGAAAACAACAACAAAAAAAACUUAUGAAGGUUGGAGUAUUGAAUUAGGUAACUUGUAAAGCACCUCACACAGUACCAGGCAGAUAAUAGACAUUCAAUAAAUACUAGCUAUGUGAAUGAAGAACAGUGCCUGCCAUAUCAGUAAACAAAGGAUGUUGCAGCCAUCAAGCCAUCACGUUACAGCCACCCUGACAGUGCACCCUGAGGAGACUCAGGAUGAGAAGCACAGGAUACUGCCCCCAGAUAGCUGAAGUGCAUAUCAAAGGAAUGAUUUCAGUGAGCCCAAACUUGCAUCUCCCCAUACUUAAAAAAGUGCAGAAUUCCUUAACUCGAGACACCUGGUUUUCUUUAAUUAAUGGUAAUCUUUUGAUGUUCCGAAUACCUGGUCCUUAUUGCAAAAACCUCUGUAUAUCCUGGCUCUCCCCCUUGCCUCUUCGGAGCAGUCUCUCAGAGUUAUCUGAGAUGCUGUGUCCCGAGCUUAAGUCCUCAGUUUUGUCCACUAAAUAAAACAUAACUCUCGA